AUGGAACUUUCAAAUGAACAGAAAGUUAAUAAUUCUUUAGUGUUGAAUAAAGACUUUCUGCAAACUUUGUGCAACUGGAAAAUCACUAAUAAUAAACAAUUUCAUGAUGUUUUCACUACGACUACGUCGUCUAAAGAAGAGGAAAAAACCAAUAUUGAUGACAUAGUAAACUUGUACACAUGCAUUUCUUUACAACCAACUCAGUCCACUAAUGAAUCAUGUAUGUUGGAAAUAAAGCUAUCUAAUCGUCAAAAAAUAUCCUGUAUUGCCAUAGUUUCAGAGGCAUAUGUCUUAGAGGUUUUCAAAGAAUCUGGAGAAUAUAAGACAACAAUAUUUGCGGAAUUGGUGGACGAGUUUCAGGAUAAUUCUGUUUACUUGGCAGAAACAAAAUUCAUUCCACCAACUUCAGAAGCUAGUAUAAAGUUCACAAAAACAAAGAGUAAAGAUUCAGUCAUUUGGGUGUAUGGUAUAAUGCUAUAUUUAACAGAACCCACUAAUGAGUCUACAAGUUCACCUACAGAUAUAUUCAAUCCUGAAAUUAUAAAGCACUUCCUAUCUAAACUGUCUUUCAAUAAUGUGGAUAAUAAUGCUGCUGUUGGUGUUCAGUCAUGUUACAAAAAUAUUUUGAACUCAUCGAAAAGUAGACUUAUUGAAGAAGAGAAUAAAGAAGACGUAGCUCAAUGCAUCAAUGAUAAUGCUGGAUUGAAUAUGGACAUUAAGAUGUAUAUUGAUAACAAGUUCCAUGAUAUAGAGAUAAAACUAAUGAAGAGAAUCGAUGAAAUGGAACAAAGAACCAAUGAAAAAUUAGAUAGUAUUUCAAAACAAUUAGAAAUUCACUUUAACUCAAAGUGA